AAUCAUUCCAGUUUUCGCUGCGAAAGGAGUAACAUUUGAUCUUCCUUCUGCUGUGGUCUGAUAUUCCAUUCGAGUUUUCAGAAGCUCAGCUUUAGAGGAAAAAAACAAUGGCCCUGAUUGCAUUGAUCUUUGCUGCUGUCCUGAUGGUCACAGUCAGCAGUGCAUCACAUCUCCCUGCCAAGUAUCCAGUUGGUGUGAACCCUGCUGCCUGUCCCAACUACCCAUACUGCAAUCAACUUGUGGAUCCCACUUCUGGGUAUGCUGUUGCCCCUUACAACAAGCUUACCUAUGCUGUUCGCCCUCUGGCUCCAAUUGUCUACAGCGCCUACCCUUAUGCUUAUGCAACACCAGGUGGAGACAAGUACCCGGCCAACGUGAACCCAGCUGAGUGCGUCAACUACCCGUACUGCCACGACGGAAUCUAUGGGAACCACGCGGUGGGCACGUUCAAAUCCGGCUACACAGGUGUCGUCCCUGUCGUGCACGCCAUUGCCAAGAACUACGGGGGCUACGCGACCAAGUACCCGGCUGGGGUGAAUCCUGCUGCAUGUCCCAACUACCCCUUCUGCCAUUAGAAAUCUCCCAUGACAAAGAUGAAGAAACCUCAUCAAGAAAAUAUAUAGUACUGCCAAAUCGGAAUAGUCAUCAUGUUUGAAAAAGAAUAUUUUGAGCAUCAUAGGUCUCGUCGAUCAUACAAUCAGCAUUUAUGCAUCAGAUUACGAUUUUCGGUUUGACAACUUGGAUUUUUCUUCUGAAGAUGUGCUGCAAUCGAAGUGUUUUUUUUUAAUUCGGCACAUAGUUUCAGAUUCUUUAUUCUUUUUUUAUCGCCAGGCAUUGCUUUUUUGAUGAAGAUGAUCCAAAGGUGGCAUUAAACAUGAUGGGCUGUCAUGCUUUUCUUCAAAAAUA